UAAAGGUCAUAUCCUGGUUUUGUGGGCAGUAGUUGGGCAUAAGCUGGGCAUGCUAAUCAAAUUACUCUGAUUUAAACUAAAUAUAUUGUGGCGUGUAAUCACUGUCUACUGGAUUCUGAAGAUAUGGAAUAGGGGUGCAGACAGUGAGAGGUCGAUACACAAGAGAGAACAGGCCCAGGCUGCUGCCAUCAGGUCAGGGACAAAGUUUGUCAGUAGGAAGAUGCGGGCUGAAACAGGUAUCACAUAAGGACAAUCACAAUGGUUUUGGUAUGUUGCAGGGAAGAGGAGAUGAAUGCAAGGCGGAGUUUUCAGCCGAAGGUGAAUCUGAAAGAGGAACAACAAAAACAAACUGAGAGCCAGAAGGCCAGAACGGGCUGUCACAACCACGGAGAUACACAACAGAGACUCGAUCAUAUGUGGAGGAUGGAGCGCCGGGGAGCUGUGCCUGCGAUAUGCGCCGCGUAUUUCAUAGGCAUGGUGCUGAGCCAGACCACGCUCACUCCUGCCGUGAUGAACACCACUUUCAUCGAGAACGUGACCAGUCUGACCGUAACCCCUGUGAUUCUCAGCAGCACGACCCCGGGCUGUUCUGCAUUCAACACUUCGACUUGUGAGCCCUGUGCGCCAGGAUCACAGUACGACAACAACACCCUGCUGUGUGCGUGCUGUUCUGACCCCGGGCUGUGUCUAUUCCCUGGAGCCUGCCUGCCGUGCACCACAGGUUUCUAUCAGCCACUAGCUGGACAGCAGCAGUGUCUCCCCUGCGAACGCGGCUUCUACACCAAUUUCACUGGAAGUCCACUUUGUCACCCCUGUCCCGCUGGAUCCUUCAACAAUAACACCGGUGGAGUCAGUUGCACAAGUUGUUCCCCAGGUUUUUUUUCGUCGCGCCAGAGCUCCACCUCAUGUGCACCAUGUUCAGUCGGAAGGUUUUGCAACUCCUCUGGUUGUUCCCAGUGCCCGAUGUGUCCCGGAGGAACAGAAGCACUACAAACCGCUGCAAAAGACUGCACACCGUGUCGGCCAGGCAUGCACAAGGCCCCCCAUCAGACUAUGUGUCAAAUCUGCGGCAGCGGCUUCUAUCAGAUCCACUGGGGCAAGGAAACCUGUGAUGUUUGCCCAGAGAAUCACUACUGUCCUAGUCCAGACGUGAACCCCAUUCAGUGCCCCAGCGAUGCAUUUUGCCCCGAGGGCAGCUUGGCCCCGAGCUACUGCAUGGAGACUUUCUUCCGCAAAGCUGGAGAGACUUGUGAAUUAGCUCCUGUCACUAUCGCUCUUUUAGUUAUUGGAGGAGGAGUGGCCCUACUUUUCAUUAUCUUAAUGGUACUACGUCGACGAAGAGACACUGACAGAGAGCUAACUCUAGCCAGAGCUCCACUGUUACGCAAAGAGCGACCUCAAGGCAGAUACUAUGGGAUCCCAUGUGAUGCAGAACCUGUAUAUGCUGGCUGGUGAAACAAAGGAAGUGCUUGCCAGGGCACUGAAGUGUCCAUAUGUGUCCCAACUAAAGACAAAAACACUGAUAGAAGAAGACUGACGGUAAAAUCCUGGACUGGUGCCUUGAGUGUACUUUGACAACCCAAGAGCUUUUUUAAUGUGGUACAUUUUAAUAUAUUAUUUUGGAGAAAUGGAAGUUGACUCUUUUGUUAAUUUUGUUGUGCCACUCAGAGAUGAACGCUCUCCGUUUGUGAUUUAGGUUAGUGAAUUAUGAGAGGUAUGCUGGAACUGUGAAAGCAGGACACAUGCCUCGGCUGGGCGGGAACCUCUCUCUAUCUUCUGAAACGCACUUUUUUCUACAGAAGUCAUUGAUUUACUUUGCAGUCGUGUGUUGGCAGACUUAUGGGUGCUUUCAUUAACUUGUGUAGUCCCACAGUUACAGAGAGAUGUAAAAUGUGGUCGGUGUCUUGUGUGGUUUUUUUAUGCAUUUGAUGGUUGUCAGUAGUGUCGUUAAUAGAUUCGCUUAAUGUAUUUCAUCUGCUUUUUUAAGGUAACAUUUGUAUGUUUUAAAGCAGGCAUGUCCAAACUAUUCCACAAAGGGCCGUGUGGCUGCA